AUGCACCGUCUUUUUGCUGAGUUGGAGCCAUCUAUAACCGUCACCGAUCAAAACCUGGCAGACCGAGUUCGGUAUAUCUUGCGCUCAAAUAUAUUUGAUGUUGCCGAACUUGAACGGCUACGACGUGAGGCUGUUCCUUCAUCGGGUGAAAAUGCUACGACUGAGGAUGCGGCGCCACAAAUUGCAGAGCCAACGGCUAACGUGGAUGCCGCCGUGGAUACCAAGGUUGUGGUUGAUUCAAACGAUGAUGGAACAAUCGCCCAGGAACUCGAACCAGAGCAAAUGAGGAGUACAUUGGAAGAGGCGAUUGUGGAAACGCGCAGUACGCCUCUCGAAAAUCGACCGCAAAUUCCCCGCAUAUCCCUAAGCAAGCGGAAUCAGGCUGUCGUCAAGCCUCUAACCCCAAUGCUGCCGGGACCUUUGCGAGACGGACUCAAUUAUUUUUGGCACCGCACUGACAGUCUGCCGUAUUAUAGGCGCCAAACUCUCCACUCUGGACCGCUAAUGGACAAAGUAGUGCUAUCCCAGCCUGGAGAAUAA